UCCGCGCUGACGUUCACCGUUGAGCGGCGAUUCAAAUUCAGCCAUGGCUGCCUGUCCUUGAUGUGUUGCGGGUCUUACUUCAGAGAGGGGCCCUUGAAGAGAGCGAGGUCGGUGCUGCUCGGUGGCGGAGCAGAGCGGAGCGCGAGGGAAGCCCGACGACAAAAGAGGUCGAUCCCUGCGAAGACCCGAACUCCUCAGCCUGCCCGCGGCGCGCGCCCCGGGACGCGAGGGAGCCCGGAAGACAAUGAGCAAUGAAGGCCAGGAGGUUGGUGGCAUCCAUUUCCCUUUUCCAUUCCCUCCAUAUUCUAUCCAGAAGAAAUUCAUGGCAGAGCUGUACCAGGUUUUGGAGGCUGGCAAGAUUGGGAUAUUUGAGAGUCCAACUGGCACGGGAAAGUCCUUAAGUCUUAUUUGUGGGGCCCUCUCCUGGCUCCGUGACUUUGAACAGAAGAAAUUGCAAGCAGAGACAUGUCUCCUUGCAUCUGGAGCUAACCCCUCAUGUGGUGUGAAAGACCUGCACCGAUCUCCCUCAUCUUCCUGCCAAGAACCCUGCAACACCCCCCAGGCUGCUGGGGAACCUGACUGGGUCACCCAGUAUGUACAGAAGAAAGAAGAGAGGGACCUGAUGGAGAGAUUGAAGGAGGAGCAGGUGAAGCGAAGGCAGCGAGAGGAGCGUCUGCAGCAGAUCAGCCAUGACACGAGGAUCAGGCAUGCAGCCAAGCGCCAGAGGCGGGAAGAAGAGGAGACCGAGGCUCUGCUGCGCCUCAGCAGGGAGAUGCUGGCUGAGGGAGCAGGGGCCGAGCAGCAGGAAGAGCUGGAGUCUGGGGAGGAGCAGCUGCUCCUGGCCGAAUAUGAAAGCGACGAGGAGCGGAGAACCGGCAGAGGGGAUGAAGGUGACUUGGAGGAGGAGCAUGUGACUAAGAUUUAUUACUGUAGUCGGACCCACUCACAGCUGGCUCAGUUUGUGCAUGAAGUGCAGAAGAGCCCUUUUGGCAAAGAAACCCGGCUAGUCUCCCUUGGCUCCCGGCAGAACCUUUGUGUGAAUGAACAAGUGAAGAACCUGGGCUCCGUGCAGCUUAUCAACGACCGUUGCAUGGAGAUGCAGAGAAGCAAACACGAGAAGAAGAACAGAGCUGAGGAAGACAGGCCAAAGAAGAGGAGGCAAGAGAGCCAGGCCACCUGCCCUUUCUACAACCAUGAACAGAUGCAGCUUCUCCGGGAUGAGAUCCUGGUGGAGGUGAAGGACAUGGAGCAGCUCGUGACCCUUGGGAAGGAGGCGUGCGCCUGCCCCUAUUUUGGGAGCCGCCUUGCCAUCCCUGCAGCCCAGCUGGUCGUGCUGCCCUACCCGAUGCUGCUGCACGCAGCCACCCGACAGGCUGCAGGCAUCCGGCUGCAGGGCCAGGUGGUCAUCAUCGAUGAGGCACACAACCUGAUCGACACCAUCACGGGCAUCCACAGUGCUGAGGUCAGCGGUUCCCAGCUGUGCCAGGCCCAUUCCCAGUUGCUCCAGUACAUGGAACGUUAUAGGAAGCGCUUGAAGGCCAAGAACCUGAUGUAUAUUAAGCAGAUCCUGUACCUGCUGGAGAAGUUUGUGGCUAUUUUGGGAGGGAACAUUAAGCAAAAUCCCAGUACACAGAGCAUCUCCCGGACAGGGACUGAGCUGAAGAGCAUCAAUGACUUCCUCUUUCAGAGCCAGGUGGACAACAUCAACCUCUUCAAGGUGCAGCGGUACUGCGAGAAGAGUAUGAUCAGCAGAAAGCUCUUUGGCUUCACAGAACGCUAUGGGGUUGUCGUUCCAGCCUUUCCAUCCCCCAAGGAACAUUCCAGACUGUCUGGCUUUCAGCACUUUCUGCAAAGUCUGCAGCCCGGUGCCAUUGGGGCUCCUGAAGACCCUGUAGGGGAGGACCAGCCCAGUGCUCCACGGCCUGCAUCCCCACUGAUGCACAUUGAAGGCUUCCUUGCAGCUCUCACCACUGCCAACCAGGAUGGCAGGGUCGUCCUGAGCCGCCAAGGCAGCCUUGCUCAGAGCAGCCUCAAAUUUCUGCUCCUGAAUCCAGCUGUGCACUUUGCCCAGGUGGUAAAGGAAUGCCGCGCAGUGGUCAUCGCCGGCGGCACCAUGCAGCCGGUAUCUGAUUUUCGGGACCAGCUGCUGGCAUGUGCUGGGGUGGAAGUGGAACGAGUGGUGGAGUUUUCCUGUGGUCACGUGAUCCCUCCAGACAACAUCCUGCCCCUUAUCAUCUGCAGCGGACCCUCCAACCAGCAGCUGGAAUUCACAUAUCAGAAAAGAGAAUUGCCUCAAAUGAUGGAUGAGGUGGGCCGAAUUCUCUGUAACCUGUGCAACGUGGUUCCUGGAGGGGUGGUGUGUUUCUUCCCCUCCUAUGAGUACCAGCGCCAGGUCCAUGCCCACUGGGAGAAGAGUGGUCUGCUCACACGCCUUGCUGUCAAGAAGGUGAUAUUCCAGGAGCCCAAGAAAGCAAGCCAGGUGGAGCAGGUGCUGAUGGCGUACUCCAAGUGCAUUAUGCGCUGCAGCCAGGCAGGAGGCGCUCUGACAGGGGCCCUGCUCCUCUCUGUUGUUGGAGGGAAGAUGAGUGAGGGGAUCAACUUCUCCGACGACCUGGGCCGCUGUGUGGUGAUGGUGGGCAUGCCCUACCCCAACAUCAAGUCUCCAGAACUACAAGAAAAGAUGGCCUACUUGGAUCAGACCCUUCCUAGGAUUCCAGGUCAGGUUCCUGCAGGGAGGGCACUCGUAGAAAAUCUGUGUAUGAAGGCUGUCAACCAGUCCAUCGGCAGGGCCAUUCGGCACCAGAGGGACUUUGCCAGCAUUGUGCUGUUGGAUCAGCGGUAUGCCCGCCCUCCUGUCCUGGCUAAAUUGCCAGCCUGGAUUCGAGACCGUGUGGAGGUUAAGACCACCUUUGGCUCUGCCUUUGCUGCUAUGCGGAAGUUUCAUCGAGAGAAGUCUUCUGGCCCUGUCUGAUGGCUGGACCCACCUCUAUCUGUCACAGGCUGAGCUUUUAUCCCUCCCUUGUGACCUGCCUGUGGUCUUGUUCCUAAGAAGGUUCAAGCCACAUGCAGAGUGCUGAGGCCAUGGCUGCUAGGCCCAGGUUUGCAGAGAAAAGCCAACAGAAUAAAAUCUGGAUCAUAGUGAAGAAACUGUGUGUCCUGGCUAGGCCCAUUCAACUUGCUGCCUGGUCUUCAUGGGGCACCGGGGAAGCAUUAGCCUCUGUCCUUGUCAGAGGUGAGGUCCACCCUGCCACUAUCCUUUCUAGGUAAAAUGUGCUGUUCUGAACAGUUUACCCUGACAUCUCCAUUCCCAGGUGCUUGGCAUCCACAGGGAUCCCUCACCCCCACCACCUCAUGUUCUAAUUGUAAGCCUGACCCUGUUGUGUUAUUUGGCCUUCCAAGGAGUUGGGCUUCUCUACCUUGGCUCCACAUCCUACCUCAUACUAGUAGCACCUCAUUCCCUUAGUACCUGAGCAAAUGCUAAUGCUAACACACCCACAUGACAUCAGCCAUUACACCAAGGGUUAUGAUUCUCAGCAUGACUACAUUUAGAGUUCCUGUGUCUGUAACAAGAAUUUAUUUUGUUGUGGAAAAGUAUAUCUCCACCUGGAGGAGUAAUCCCUAAUUGGCCAGUAUCCCAGAGAUCGUAAAGAUUCCCUUGGCCAUCCUGCCUUGUUGCUUGAUACCACCUGAACAGAAUGGUCAUACUCAGCAGGAGCUGCCCUCUGCACCUGGCAAGGCAACAUCCCUUUAUUAAAGGUGCACUCUCUUCUUGGA